UGGUGGAAGGUAUCAAGGAAAAAUUUCGAACUUCAGUUGUUGCUAGAACGUGCCGGUGUUAAGUUUAGUGCAUCGAAACAGAAGAGUUUACCAUAUAAAAAAAUCCGGAUCUGUAUCUGCCAGAACCUUUUGUUUGUGGCUAUUCUUCAAAGUCACAGCCGACUUAACCAUUGUUGCCGAUAACGUCGCACAGCUCUUAAGAGCGCUUUAUCGGCCCGACGGGACAAGUUCCUGCGCAAACUGAAACCGUAACUGAAAGUGGAAUCCUAGGCCGAAGAUACACCGCGCACAAGUACUUCAUUUGAAACAUCACACUACUUAACCCAGUGACAAAUACCUGUGUAUUUGUUUUUGUUGUGUUGACUGCUUGAGUAUAUCGUUAGUUACUAGCCGUUAACACUUUAGUUUCUGAUAUUUACACAAACGUAAAUUCAGGACUGAAGCGUGUUUAUUUAGUUCUUUUAAGUUAAACUGCAACUGUAAUCAACAUCACCAUGUCAAUGUGCGGGGCGCAGCUAGCUUUAAAGUCCUUUCGAAAGGCACCACGUAUAAGGAUUUGGUCUAUGACCAAGAAUGCUUAUUCAACACAGGUAGAAUACAAACCCAUCCGAUCCGUGCUGGUUGCGAAUCGAGGUGAGAUCGCCAUUCGUGUCUUCCGAGCCUGCAAUGAAUUAGGAAUCAAGUCAGUGGCCAUAUACUCCGAGCAAGACAAGAUGCACAUGCACCGGCAGAAGGCAGACGAGUCGUACAUGGUUGGAAAAGGACUAGCACCGGUCGAAGCUUAUCUGAAUAUUCCAGAAAUCAUUAGAGUUUGCAAGGAGAAUGAUGUAGACGCCGUGCAUCCCGGAUAUGGUUUUCUGUCUGAGCGAUCCGACUUUGCUCAAGCCGUAAUCGAUGCGGGCCUCCGGUUUAUUGGACCAACUCCAAAAGUAGUCCAACAGAUGGGUGACAAAGUGGCAGCUCGUCAGGCGGCCAUUGCAGCUGGUGUACCAAUCGUACCGGGAACCGAUGGUCCUGUUACAACCAAAGAAGAAGCUCUUGAUUUUUGCAAAAAGCAUGGUUUACCCGUCAUCUUCAAGGCUGCUUACGGCGGUGGUGGUCGGGGUAUGAGAGUUGUCAGAAAAAUGGAAGAAGUUGAAGAUAACUUUCAACGAGCUAGUUCGGAAGCUAAAGCAGCAUUCGGAAAUGGUGCAAUGUUUAUCGAAAAAUUCAUUGAAAGGCCACGACACAUUGAAGUACAGCUCCUCGGUGACAAAGCGGGAAAUGUGGUUCACUUGUAUGAGAGAGACUGCUCUGUUCAGCGAAGACAUCAAAAAGUGGUCGAAAUCGCUCCUGCACCACGAUUAGCGAUUGAAGUUCGAGACAAAAUGACUGAAUAUGCAGUAAAACUAGCAAGGCAUGUGGGCUACGAAAAUGCUGGUACAGUGGAAUUUCUCUGCGAUGAAACAGGCAACUUCUACUUCAUUGAAGUGAAUGCGCGACUUCAGGUAGAACAUACAGUGACGGAGGAAAUAACUGGUAUUGAUUUAGUACAAUCCCAAAUUCGCGUUGCUGAGGGUAUGACAUUGCCUGAGUUGGGAUAUACCCAGGAUAACAUUAAAACACAAGGUUAUGCCAUUCAGUGUAGAGUAACUACGGAGGAUCCCGCAAAUGAUUUUCAGCCAAACACAGGUCGUCUAGAAGUAUUUAGAUCUGGCGAGGGAAUGGGCAUUCGUUUGGACAGUGCUUCCGCUUAUGCUGGUGCCAUUAUUUCGCCAUACUACGAUUCUUUGCUUGUCAAAAUCAUUUCACAUGCCCAUGAUCUACAAUCAUCGGCAGCCAAAAUGAAUCGAGCUUUACGUGAAUUCCGAAUUCGUGGUGUCAAAACCAAUAUCCCGUUUCUACUAAAUGUACUAGAAAACCAAAAGUUUCUCAACGGAGUCCUCGACACAUAUUUCAUCGAUGAACAUCCUCAAUUGUUCCGCUUUACAAAGUCGAAAAAUCGAGCUCAAAAGUUGCUGAAUUAUCUUGGCGAAGUGCUGGUGAACGGCCCGACGACUCCAUUGGCGACAAAAUUGAAGCCUGCCGAUGUGCACCCACAUGUUCCCCAAGUGCCUUUGGAUUUGUCACCGGCAGCGCUUGCUGCAGAGGCGGAGGGCAAAAAAGUCACUGAUCCUCCUCGCGGAUUCAAGGACAUCCUACGGGAGCAAGGCCCAGAAGGAUUUGCUAAAGCUGUCAGAGCAAAAAAGAAUUUACUUUUGAUGGAUACAACCUUCCGAGAUGCACAUCAAUCUCUGCUGGCUACCCGCGUUCGAUCCCACGAUCUACUAAAGAUUUCCCCAUAUGUAUCGCAUAAGUUUAAUAAUCUUUACUCCUUGGAGAAUUGGGGAGGUGCGACGUUCGAUGUUGCGUUACGGUUCCUACACGAAUGCCCCUGGGAACGGUUGGAAGAGAUGCGUAAGCUGAUUCCCAACAUUCCGUUCCAAAUGCUGUUACGUGGAGCAAACGCAGUCGGUUAUACCAAUUAUCCAGAUAACGUGGUUCAUAAGUUCUGUGAACUAUCGGUUCAAUGUGGUAUGGACAUCUUCCGAGUAUUCGAUUCCUUGAACUAUCUUCCUAAUCUGAUAUUGGGUAUGGAAGCAGCUGGUAAGGCAGGUGGAGUUGUGGAAGCAGCUAUCUCAUAUACGGGGGACGUUAGUGAUCCAACAAAAACAAAGUAUGAUCUCAAAUACUACACAAAUCUUGCGGAUGAACUGGUCAAGGCUGGGACACAUAUUCUAUGCAUCAAAGACAUGGCCGGUUUAUUGAAACCUCAGGCAGCUAAAUUGCUCAUAUCAGCUAUCCGUGACAAACAUCCUGAUGUUCCAAUUCAUAUACACACACACGACACAUCGGGAGCUGGUGUGGCAUCCAUGAUUGCCUGUGCUAAAGCCGGUGCUGAUAUUGUAGAUGUGGCCGUUGAUUCCAUGUCUGGAAUGACUUCACAACCUAGUAUGGGUGCCAUAGUAGCUUCGUUACAAGGCACUCCUCUCGAUACCGGUUUGAAUUUACCAGAUAUCAGUGAAUAUUCAGCCUACUGGGAACAAACUAGAACUUUGUAUGCUCCAUUCGAAUGCACAACAACAAUGAAGUCUGGAAAUGCCGACGUUUACAUGAACGAAAUACCUGGUGGCCAAUACACCAAUCUGCAGUUCCAGGCGUAUUCUUUAGGUUUAGGAGACUUUUUCGAAGAUGUCAAAAAAGCAUACCGAGAAGCAAACUUGUUACUUGGUGACAUAAUAAAAGUCACUCCAUCAUCUAAAGUAGUUGGUGAUUUGGCACAAUUUAUGGUGCAAAACCAUUUGACAGCUGAGCAAGUCAGGGAGCGCGCUGAAGAGCUUUCAUUCCCAAAAUCAGUCAUUGAAUUUUUACAAGGUGCUAUCGGAACACCACAUGGUGGUUUUCCUGAACCAUUCCGUUCCCGUGUACUCAAGGAUAUGCCACGCAUUGAGGGUCGACCAGGCUCCUUCUUACCUCCACUAGAUUUCGUAAAGCUUAAAAAAGAACUGCAAGAAUCUCACGAGGACGUGUCCGAUCAUGAUGUCAUGUCGGCUGCUUUAUAUCCUCAGGUUACCAAUGACUACCUCACAUUCAGAGAUGCAUACGGCCCAGUUGACAAAUUGGACACUCGAGUAUUUCUCACUGGCCCAAAAGUAGGUGAAGAAUUCGAGGUUACGAUCGAAAAGGGUAAAACACUUGGAUUCAAGACCUUAGCCAUGGCCGAAGAUCUGACAGCAAAUGGUGAACGAGAAGUUUUCUUUGAAUUAAAUGGUCAACUUAGGUCAGUGCGAGUCCGAGACAAGGAAGCAGUGAAGGAAUUGCAUAUUCAUCCAAAGGCUAGCAAAGGCAAUAAGGACCAAGUGGGUGCCCCAAUGCCCGGUUCAGUAAUCGAAAUCAAAGUAAAAGUCGGUGACCACGUUGAGAAGGGUCAACCAUUGGUUGUGCUAUCCGCCAUGAAAAUGGAAAUGGUCGUUCAAUCGCCACGUGCUGGUGUGGUCAAGACACUAGAUAUCACUGCAGGAAUGAAACUAGAAGGAGAGGACCUAAUCCUGACCUUGGAAUAGCAUGGAUAAUAAACGGCGCUACUAUUACUAAACAAGUCGAAAUAAGUUAGGAAAAAGACGUUCUGAAAUUCUUUUUCGCAUGAAUGGCGUUCGUAUUUAUAGAACAUUUGUGAGGGUUAAGUAGGAGAUAAGUGGGAAUAGUCGUAAAUGCGUUGAAACGUAAGAUGCAUGUAAAAUUUUCUGUUAUACUGUAUCUCGUUAAAAUUUUAUCUUAAGUAAGUUUUGUUACAUUUUUAACAUUUUAUAAAUUUUCACAAUCAUUAUUGGAUUAUGGAAAAAAUACAUACGAAAAAUACUCAGCCGCUACAA